GCAAGUCACUUUGGAAUAUUUGAUGGGGAAGAAUUGUAUUCAGAGAAAGUAAUUGGCACUUUUUAACACUUGCAAAAUUUUUGUGGCGCUACGGUUUCUCUUUCCUUGAUCUCUGGAAGGACGUGAAAUCCAUGUUAGAGGAUUUUAACAGCAUCUAUGCUUUACAAGAAAAGGAAUAUUCGUUUACUACUGUGAAUGGAUUAUUGGAGUAUAUGAGCCCAUCAUUUCGAAAUUUAACUCAAGAAAGUAUUGGUUCAUAUUUAAUGAAGAAAGGUUAUCCAAAACUUUUACUGGAAGAAUUAGUACAAUCUGUUAUGAUGGUAAAUUAUGGGCAAACAAAUAAGAUAAGUGCUUUUGCAGGAUUUGUUUCACUUGCUGGAGCUGAUAAUAAUUUAUGGAGUGUAAAAGGUGGAAAUAAACUGGUUCCAGAGGGACUUUUGAAAGAAUCUAAAGCUUCAGUAGUCAGUGGUGAUGUGUUGGAAAUAAUAAAUUCUGGUGACACUUUUUCAUUAAAAUAUAAUGAAACAUCUCCAUCUGGUAACACUGAAGUGCAGAAUUAUGAUAUUAUCAUUAUAGCUGCUCCUUUUAUUAAAGGUAAUAAGAACAUAAAGUUUACAGACUUCCCUAAAGAUUUCAGUCAAUAUGAAACCACAUAUCACAGAACUGUGGCCACAUUUGUAAAAGGUGAUCUGAUUCCUUCAGCAUUCAAUGUAAAUUCAGUUCCUGAGGAGAUACUUACUUUCAAAAACUCACUCUUAUUCAAUAGCAUUGGGAAAGUUACUCCAGUUAGUGAUACCCCCACUAAAGGUAAAAAAAAAGUAUAUAAAGUAUUUAGUCAGCAGCUUCUAACUCCAAAGAAUAUUGAUGAAUUGUUUCAAAAUGUUGAAAUACUCAAAGAAAAGGAUUGGCUUGCAUAUCCUGAAUAUAAGCCUCCUGAAUCUCUUAGUCCAUUUAUGCUUUAUCCUAGAUUGUAUUAUAUAAAUUCAAUUGAAUUAUCUGCAAGUGCAAUGGAAAUGAGUGCUGUAGCUGGAAAAAAUGUUGCCCUGUUGGCAUUUAACCUGUGGCAUGAUCUUAUGGAUAAGGUUGAUAGUCAUAAAAGAGUAUAUAAAGAUGAGCUUUAACUUCUUUUAUCUCAUAAUCUUAUUACAUUAUGGGAGACUUCUAAUAAAAUAGGGUUCUGCUUUGAAAUCUUCAGAAUUUUCAGAAAGGUAGUAUAGUACAUAAAAAUUGUUAUGGAUUUAACUUGUAAAAUUAAACAUCUGUCAUAUUUAUUUUAAAUGCAAAUAAAUAAUUUUUGUUUUCUGUGUUAAUAAUGUAUUUCUGUUAAUAAUGUAUGUUUCUGUGUUAAUAAUGUAUGUCCAGUGUGUUGACAAAUGUAAUUAAUUAUACUGAAAAUUUAUUAAGUAGACAUGAGAAGGAUCAGCAAACAAUUGUUAGGUUGUUUUAAAUUUUGAGUGUUUUAUGACUGUAGCCUAAUUGUGAGUAGAAAUACUUGAUAAUUUGAGGAAAAACUACUUAAUGUAAAAGUUGUAAUUAGACUCGGAUGUUAUUAAAUUUUGCUAUUUUUCUCUUAAAGAAAAUAAGUGAUUAAUGUGUAAAUUUAUAUCAUUUUUAAUAACUUAUUUUGUGCACUAAAGAAUAUAUGUAUAUGGUUAUAUAAAGAUCAUUUUACACUGCUUUGAUAAAUGCUGAUUUAAUGUUAUGCAAUUUUUACUGAACCAGUGAAAAGCAUUAAAUUUGCAGUGAAUUGUGAUAAAAUAAUUUUCUGUACUAAAAGCAUUAAAUUUAUGCUGAUGCA